CUCUUCCGCGACCAGGAGAUGUGAUUGAUUGUCGAACGACGAGGAUCAUUAGGCGUCAAAAUGAGCUUCUUGUUGCUUCUAUUCUUCGUUUUUUUCACUCCCCUCCUGUUGCUUCUAGCAUGGCUGGGUCUUUCGUCCUGCAUGAGGAACCGCCGCCUGCGAUCGUAUUUCGCAGCCUCGCCCGCCGGACCGGGCAUCGACUCGUACGGUAGACACUAUCUCCGCACAAUGGUCAACACCGGGCCCGCCAUGUCCGAGCAGAUCGAGCUGGACGAUAUGAUGCGAGGAUCGGAACACGAGGAAUGAUCGCGAAGACGUCUGCAUUCAAACAAACACCGAACACUUCAGAACUCUAGAUCCGCUUUCUUCGGCAUGUUUCCGGAAACCGCGCCGUCCUGGCCCUCCUUGUCGCCUUCGGCGGGGGGGAGACUGAAGGGCUUGAUCUCGAACCUCCGCCGACUCAAUGUGAAGGCCCAGUCCUGGCCGACGUUCUGGUCACUCCCGCCACCACGCUCGUGCAGGACUGGUAGCCGAUGAGUCUUCAACAUUCCUUGGGGAGGCUCCUCGUGGGACGUGGCUGCGCCGGAGGUGGCGAGCGCGUCGGCAGAGUGAGGGAAGGGACACAGCUCGAUGACUCCGUCGCUGAUGAGUUCCAUCCAUCGGACGAGGCCUGACGCGCGAGGGAACAGAGACAAGGGGAUUGUGAUCAUCGCCGUGGCUCGAACCCCGGGCGUGUUGAGCAGUGCUCGGAGGGAGUGGAGGAACGGCAAAACGCUAUCAGGUUGGCUCGAUUCG